AUGUGUAGUGAUGAGGUCCAACACUCUCUCAUUUGUUUGCUUUGCAAGAAUAAUGUGAGACGCGUAUUUGCUACCACGAAAGAUGAUCUUGCAAUAGUAUCGUGUCUCAAAACAAUCGAGGGUGGUAUAAUGGCGCUUUCAACAACCAUGUAUCCUUGCUUAGUACAAGCGAAGUACGUUCUAGUUCUAGCUAUUAUGUUUUCUGUUAUGACACCAGUCGCUUUGUUAGUGGCAACAUUUCACCUAAUAGUAAAAAGCUGUAGCUGUGGCGUUUGCGAUGAUCCGUUUCAACGUAAAGCUUCUUGCUUUGAAUAG